AUGCCGACGUCCAAAGACCCUACGGACGCGCCUGCGCCCUCCAUAGCACACCCCGUCGCGCCCACGGCCACGGCGCCCUCCAUAGCACACCUCGUCGCGCCCCUCCUGACCCACCCCGAGUUCGAGCAUGACCCGCAGCUUCCUGAAGCGCUUGGCCAGCGCCGUCGGCCCGAUCCGGCCCAGCGCCUUCGUCGCACCAUGGCGCCCAUCUUGGACCUCGAGGCGAAGGGGCCGGUACUGGAUCCCACCGUUUUCCGGCCCCUCAAGUUGGCGGGCAAGAGCCGGUUGUCACACAAUACUGCGCGUUAUCGCCUCGCCCUGCCCCGCGAGACGGACAGCCUAGGCCUCCCGGUAGGCCAGCACGUCUCGCUCGCGGCAACCAUUGCGGGCCGUCGCGUGAUUCGUUCGUAUACCCCCACGAGCCUGGACUCGGAACUGGGAUACUUUGACCUCGUGGUCAAGACCUACGACAAUGGGCUGAUGAGUACGUAUCUAGACCACCUGGCUAUUGGUGCCAGUGUCCUUGUGCGCGGCCCAAAGGGACAGUUCAACUACUCUCCUUGGAUGGCCAAACAUCUCCUCCUCGUCGCGGGAGGAAGCGGGAUCACGCCCAUGUACCGCAUCAUCAAGAGUGCCGCCCUCGAUCCGGACGACACGACAAAGAUGUGUCUCGUCUUCGCCAAUAUCUCGGAAGAGGAUGUUUUACUGAGGAACGAACUGGACCAUCUUGCUCUCAAGUCUAAUGGCCGACUUGAGAUCCAUUACGUACUCGAACACCCGCCGCCUGGAUGGAAGGGGGCAGUGGGAUACGUCACGCGCGAGAUGCUCGAGGAACGGCUUCCGACAGGUGGGCCAGCGGGUGGCAAGGUCCUCCUCUGUGGACCGCCGGGUAUGACCAAAGUCGUCAAGGGGGCACUCAAGGAUAUGGGCUAUUAUGUGCCCCGGCGGCCUAGUAUGAUUGAGGACGACAUCUUUGUCUUCUAG